GAAAAGAUGAUCAUAACACAGUUUAAAUUUCUACUCCCAGCCUCGCAUCCAAACAGGUAUUAAUUUCUGAUUCAUUUCUUCAUCCUAAAGGACGAUUUACACUACACAACCUUUACCUAAAACUGUCGCAUGGUUCGUACAAAACUUGAAAGUCUUUGAAUGUCCUUGAAUUUGAAAACAAAAAUUCAAGCCCUUGAAUGUCCUUGAAUUUGUAAAGAAGUACUUGAAAGUCCUUAAAUUUUUCUGUGCUGCGUGGUUAUAUUACUACCUUAAAAAAUAAGCAGAAACUCGACGUUUCGAGCGAAGGCCCUUCGUCAAGAGUUAGUAGCUUCGUCAAGAGUUAGUAGUAGUUAGUAGCUUAACUUUUUCUUGCUUUAGUGUAUGGAUAUUUUCUGAAAUUGUUUCACAUUCAAAACGGACAUGUUGUGGAACUGUUUUUGCAUGUUCAUAUCUGACAAAGCUGUUUGAAAUUCAUUAGUUGCGUUUUGAACAAUUCAACGUCAAAUUGUAUUGAUUUUUAACGUCUUCUCUUCAGUAUUUAGUGCUUGAAUUUGUUGAUACAUGGCCUUGAAUGUUCUCAAAAAGUCCCUGAAUUUGACUUUUCCUGACAUGUACGAACCCUGGCAAGCUGCUUACAACUUGAGUUGUACUGUGUAAAUCAAGCACACAACUCAACUACGACAACGUACGCAACAGUGUGUGCAUGGUUUAAAUCGACUUUAACUUUCCAAAUUUCAUUUUAUUCAGACCCCGAGUUUCGUCUCCCGUCAAUAAAUCAUCUCAUACGUCUCACCACAUUAAAGGUCUUCAAUCAAUGACGAGGGUAAGUUGAGUGGAUAAAGUUUGCGUAGAGUACACACAUAAUAACGCACAAGUUGUAACAAACCUGCAGCAGACUUGUAGCAAUGCUGUUCCAACAACUUAUCAACAGGAUGUGUUCGCACUGCUUGUUCCCAGCUUAUUGACAAGUUUUCAACGGCUUUAUGAGGUCGUUGAGCUCAACAGACUUGUUCCAAGUUGUUCCAACAACUUGUUAUCGUCUUGCAAUAGGAAAUUCCAUGCGCACAGGGGGUGACGGGAAGUAACGUAUCAUAUUGCUUAUUAUGUUGAAAAUUUUCAAUAAAAACUGCCGAAACAACCAAAAUAUUUCAAUAUUUACAAGUAUAAUCUAUCACUCCGUGUUUACACGGCCACCAUUUUUAUUUUUUCAGCAUAAUCAGCAAUGUGAUACCUUACUUCCCAUCGUCCCCUGCACGCAUAAACUAAAAGCUGGAGUUGCCUAUUACACAAUUUGUCAACACGUUGUGAGUGACAACCUUGUAGCAACUUGAUGAAAUAACAACAUUGUCACAAAUUGUUGACAAGCUUACUGCAAGUAUGUUGUGAAUACAUCUUGUUGUUGCACGGCUUGAUUAAAACGCAUUUCAUCCCACAAACCUUGAUGAAAAUUAUUUUCAUUUAUCAAGGUAUACAGUUUAAGCGAGGAUCUGCACGAGCUAGCCUCGUAUUCAGCGAUACAAGAUCCGUGCGAACGAACUGGUUUGAUGGCUGCGUUUAGGACGUUUGAUGAAUUUCAAAAGUAAGUUCUUCUCUUGUUAAUAUUCCUGAAUAAUCUGCCGUCGUGGUUUGUGUCUGAACUACCUGAGAAAGAUCACAAACAAAGGCAGUUUAUUGUAGAAUACUAUACCUACACUGGACCACCACGUUUGAGAUAUCUUUUUUCAGAUAGUUCAGACACAAAAAUCUGCGUGACCACAUACCCCAAAUUUUAAACAUUCUUGACAAAUUUAACUUAAAUAUUCAGGUCUGCAUGACUAUUAACUUAUUAUUUUUUCAUUGCCAGGAAUUUUUCCAAGCUCAUGUCACGUUUUGAAAGCCGUGAGAAAAUGAAAAACAGCAGUAGUUUUCCUGGAAAUGGUGGCGCUCCGAAAUCUUCUCUGAUGAAACGAAAUAUCUCCUUGAGUGCACCUAGCAGUGGCGCGUCACUUCAGACAUUGUGGGAGUCUGGGGACCAGACUGAUGCCGGCAAGGCAAGUGCUCUAAAAAGACUGGAUGGCGUAGUACAUUUUUCGCACGAUAUAAAUUCGAUAUUACGAAUAGCUUUGGAGGCUACUAAGGAUUCAAAGCAUCAAAGUGACUCCAUUAUUUUGACAUAAAAAGACAUCUGAAGUAAUACAUUUUAACCCUAUGUCUAUUCUGUGAUUUUAACCAUGUGUUUGAAAGGUUCAUAUUUGGUCUCCUAAUAAUGGCUGACUUUUAAUUUGUGAAAGGUUUUUGAAGAUGAAAAUUUCAAGAGAUCAGUAUAUCAACUUCAACUUUAAUGAUUAUUUAACAAAAAAAUUAAAUUACAGCUUGCCCUGCAAAUAGCAAAAAACUAAUCGAGGCAGGGCAAGAUAGAUAGAAAAUAGUUUUACAAAUAUUAGGACCUCCCAAAAGCCUGUGUUUUAAUUUACAAUUCCCUGAUAGAUAUUUUAUAUUUUUAGAAAUACGAAGAACCUGUUCAUAUUAUAAACAUCGCGUUGACUAAAAGUGGAAUAUGUACACGUAUGACGGACUGUAGCGAGAAGCUUCUCGCAUAUUUAGAAAGCAAGGUAUGGAGAAUAGAGACUCUACAGAAGCCAGACUUCUUGGUUUUUCCUAUGAUUUUGACGCAACCCUUAUUCGUCAUCAACUGUUGACGCCAUCAUCCUAGCCAGUGUGCUUAUGAGAGGUACUUACCCCCCUGAUAAUAUUCAAAAUGGCGAACAUCCAGGGGGGAAUAUGUCUCAUAAGCGCACUGGCUAGGACCAUGGCGUCAGCAUUUUGAUGACGAAUCAUGGCGUGGCAGCGCUUACGCUUUUUUUGGCUGAGUCGACCUUCUGUAUGUCUGUCAAAGCUACGUAAAUCCUUGGAGAACCAUUGUUGCUGAAACAUUAAUGUAUUAUUUCCUACUCUUUUUAGAGACCAAUUUUGGUUGAAAAAGGAAUUCGUCGGAUAACUUUUCUUGUCACGGAUUGCAAAGUAAGUCUUGCCUUUUGUAGCCUCCUGCGCAGGCCUCUCUAUGGGUUUUAGCCUGCGAAUGGGUUUUGACAACCCGAUUCCUCGGGUGAGAUGCCUGCGGAGGAGGCUAUGCCUUGCGACGAAAUCCAGUAUUCUCAUUGGCUGAUACACCUCUCUUUGUUACAUUUCCAGGGCAGUUCUCCAUGGUACUUCACUUAUCGAGCUUCGUCUAACGUGAGUAUCUAAACCUCUUGUAGUUGUAACCUUUAUUUCAGCAGGGUAACUCCAUCAGUCCAAAGACUGUUCUCUUUGGAGGCCCUGUAAAUAUCUUUAUUUAUACUGGAUAACUCUAUCAGUUCUAAACUGUUCUGCCUAGAGGUCCAGUAAGGGUAAUCUCUUAUUGAUCCAGUGUUAUACAACAGAAGGAAACCUAAACUAACUUUUUUAUAUUCGAAAGCUCUGUCAGUUUUAAACUGUUCUCCCUAAAGAUCCAGUAAGGAUUAUUCCAUUGCACUUUUCUCACAUGUAACUGAGGUGAAAUUAUAAUCAGACAACUGUAUAUUGCAAGAAUUGAACCUUAGUUGCAAACGUGAACGCCACAUGCAGUAACUGCUGUAGCAGUCAAUGGUCAGUGUUAAAUCCUGGUUGUUGUUGUUUAGUUUAUGGAAGAUGCCAUCUACCGUCAUCUUGAACCAGCUCUGGCCUUUCAAUUAGAACUCAACCGUUUGAGGAAUUUCGACCUCGAGUCUGUCCCGACCACAAACCACAGUAUCCACUUAUAUUUUGCCUCGGCUAAAAAGGUGCGUAUUACCGUUGUUUUACAUUAAUGCAACCACUUACGAAUGAUUACAAUUUCAUUGAUAAUUAAUAGGUAAUUAAUAGAUAAUUAAUAAUUAAUCUAAAAAAAACUGAUCUAUUUUGGUUACAAAAAGGAAUUGUGACUUUGUGAAGUGUUAACGGUCCACAAAGGGUCUUCAACAAUAAUUUUCUAUAGAUUUCUAUGAAAUUCUGAUCAGAUUCUCAGAAAUCUUGUACUUUUCACAUCUGAUUUCAGUUUAUGAUUUUGUCUCAGAUUUAGUCUUCGUGAACGCAUUAAAAUAAUAUAUUUGGUACGCUUUCUAGAUUUCGGUAAACGCUGAGGUGACUGAUCAUAGAUUUUUUGUCAGAACAAUCGUCCGUCAUGCUGACUUCGUUUCAAAGGUUUGACUUGAAAAUUAGAGAGUUUACUGGUCUUCAAAUGAUGUGGUAUUUAUUGGAUCUGAUCUUUUUACUUAUCAGAGAGAACUCUUCUUAUUUUGCAGGAAGCAUCGUUUGAUUAUUUAGAGAAGGAAAGUGAGAUUCAAUGUCUUGAAACCAUGGAUCAACUGGAGAUUGCUUUUGAUCAAUCUGUUAGUUUGUGUGUUCUCAAUUUGUUGUUUUGUUUCCAUGUUUGUUUGUUGUAUGAUGUGUUAUAUAUUUUUAUUUAGCCGAAGCGUACAGACUGCAAUCAUCUGUUUCUAAACUUUGUUCCCUGUAUUGUCAUCGAGUCUCAUAGAGUAAGCGAAGCCUUUCAAUAUUUCUUUAAACUAGUGAUUUCAAUUAAUUAAUUAGAAGUAAUUGAUUACACUUAAUUAAUUAGAAGCACUUGAUUACAAUUGAUUAAUUAGACGUAAUUGAUUACAAUUAAUUAAUUAGAAAUACUUGAUUACAAUUAAUUAAUUAAUUAGAAGUAAUUGAUUACAAUUAAUUAAUUAGAAGUAAUUGGUUACAAUUAAUUAAUUAGAAGUAAGUGAUUACAAUUAAUUAGAAGUAAUUGAUUGCAAUUGAUUAAUUAGACGUAAUUGAUUACAAUUAAUUAACUACAAGUGAUUGAUUACAAUUAAUUAAUUGGAAGUAAUUGAUUACAUUGAUUAAACCAUGGUAAUAAAAACACUAUCUUCUUUUUAACUAUCUAUGAUUAAGCUAGUAAUAUUAAGAGAAAGAUUUGUUUCAUUUUAGUUGGAGGAAAGUAUUCGCUCAAUUGUAAUCCGCUACGGUAAACGACUGUGGAGACUGCGGGUGUUGCAGGCUGAAAUGAAAAUGAACAUCAGGUAAACUGUGCGACAUUGUAUGUAAACCUCUUUCACGCAAUUUUAAAGAUGGUUUACACUAUCAAAGUUUCUGUGAUCACAGUAGGAAUUUUGCAUGGGUAAAUUCUAAGUUUUGAAAGAUUUGUAAGAAAUGUUUGAGGAAACUGACUGAGUGUUAUAAAGGAUGGUUUACACUAUCAAAGUUUCUGUGAUCACAGUAGGAAUUUUGCAUGGGGAAAUUCUAAGUUUUGAAGGAUUUGUAAGAAAUGUUUGAGGAAACUGACUCAGUGUUAAACACCAAAUCAAUUCCCUCAAACAUUUCUCACAAAUCCUUCAAAACUUAGAAUUUACCUUUGCCAAAUUCCUACUGUGAUCACAGAAACUUUGAUAGUGUAAACCUGGCUUAAUUCAAACAUUCUAUCGUCUCUAUUUUCGUCAACGUCUCUUCUAGGUUAAGUCCAAACGGUCAAAAGAUUCCAAUCCGAGUGUAUUUAUCCAACGAAUCUGGUUACUAUCUUGAUGUCAGUAUUUAUCGAGAAGUGGAGGAUCAGAGAACAGGACAGGUAGGUUAUGCCACUAACGUUCAUGCCCGUCGCUCGAAAGGUGAAAGUAUUUCUGUAUUUUCAGGGACUCAGAUCCUGAAUAAUCAUCUUUACCUGAACUACACAUCUAAAAAACUUGCAGCAGACUUAUACAAUGCCACAGAAUAGAGACAUACAGAAGCCCAACUUCUUGGUUUUUCCUAUGAUUUUGGCGUAACCGUAAUUUGUCAUCAAAAUUCUGUUGCGAACACAUAAUUUUCACAUGGCAACCAAGCACGAUAUUCUUAUGUAUAGCUGUUUGAUAAAAUAAUGUUUAUUUCUCCCAGAUUAUCUUGGAGUCUUAUGGCUUAAAGCAAGGUCCUUUACAUGGUCUUCAAGUCAACUCACCUUACGUCACAAAAGAUAGACUGCAGGUAAUGGUAAAUAAACACAAAUUUAAUAUAUCUACCAGGUGUCCAAAACAACUGGAUACUGUUUGAUUCAUGUAACGUAAAAGCUAUAAAAGCUAUCGCAAUUACAUAAAGAUCAUUGCAUUCACAAAGGACUAACUUAGAUUUUGAUAUAUAGCACUUCAUAUAGCAGUCAAUAUUGCUUGUAUAUAUCUUUUCUGUUUAACAGCUUAAAAGAUUUACUGCUCAGAAUCAAGGCACUACAUAUGUCUACGAUAUCCCUGAAUUGUUUAAACAGGUGAGGAAAUGGAAAUGCCCUAGUCAAGGGAUGAGAGUUGAGAAGCGAGAGUUUGCAUGAAAGUUUUCUCAACUCUCAUGCCACGGUCAACGAGAACAAGAGUUGCAUGAGAGUUGAUGAGAGUUGAGAAGCAAGAGUUUGUAUGAGAGUUUUCUCAACUCUCAUGCCACGGUCAACGAGAACAAGAGUUGCAUGAGAGUUGAUGAGAGGUGAGAAGCGAGAGUUUGCAUGAGAGUUUUCUCAACUCUCAUACCCUGGUCAACGAGAACAAGAGUUGCAUGAGAGUUGAUGAGAGGUGAGAAGCGAGAGUUUGCAUGAGAGUUUUCUCAACUCUCAUGCCCCGGUCAACGAGAACAAGAGUUGCAUGAGAGUUGAUGAGAGGUGAGAAGCGAGAGUUUGCAUGAGAGUUUUCUCAACUCUCAUGUCCUGGUCAACGAGAACAAGAGUUGCAUGAGAGUUGAUGAGAGGUGAGAAGCGAGAGUUUGCAUGAGAGAUAUUACCACACGCGUGGCGAAAACUCUCAGCAACUCUCAUCAAAAUUUGAACCAGCUCAAAGUUAACGAGAGUUAAUAGGAGUUGGCCUGCAACUUUUAUCAACUCUCAUCAACUCUCAGCAACUGUCAUCAACUGUUAUCAACUCUCAUCAACUGUCAUCAACUCUCAUCAACUGUCAUCAACUCUCAUCAACUCUCAUCUUAUUAUUUCAGGCUGUUUUAAGAUACUGGAAACAAUGGUCAAAAGAACAUGGCGAGGAUAUUAAUCUAAAAAGAGAAGUGGUGAGAAUUUCUUGAAAUACAGAGGUUCGGAUUUGAUUUCCCUGAUUUGAUACGCAUUUGAUUGGCUACCCCCUGAUUUAAUACGCAUUCGAUUGGCUAAUCGGGUAGCUAGUGACAGUGGAAGUCAAAAUAUGAACCUCUCUUUUUGACUAUAAGAAAUGGAUUGAAUACUGUGCAUGGUAUAUGAUGUCUGAAUCUUAUUUCAAGGUGGAAGCAAGUGAAUAUGUCCUGCAAGAAGACGAACAGCUACACCAAGUCAACAGAUUGGCUGGGGAAAAUAAUGUAAGCGUACUUGAACAAAUCCAGUCUGUUGAAUUUCUAGUGAUGGUCACCAUCAAUCAAUUUUAUUUCAAAGAAAAAACACGCUAGCGUCGCACAACUAAAUGCUGAUUUACAGGAGGGGUGUGGGAAUUAAUUGAAUACAGGAGGGGUGUGGGAUUUACAGGAGGGGUGUGGGAAUUAAUUGAAUACAGGAGGGGUGUGGGAAUUACAGGAGGGGUGUGGGAAUUAAUUGAAUACAGGAGGGGUGUGGGAUUUACAGGAGGGGUGUGGGAAUUAAUUGAAUACAGGAGGGGUGUGGGAUUUACAGGAGGGGUGUGGGAUUUACAGGAGGGGUGUGGGAAUUAAUUGAAUACAGGAGGGGUAUGGGAUUUACAGGAGGGGUGUGGGAAUUAAUUGAAUACAGGAGGGGUGUGGGAUUUACAGGAGGGGUGUGGGAAUUAAUUGAAUAUUGUAUAUACCCCCAACCCACCCCCACCCACCCCAAGAACAAAGAAAUAAAGUCAAGUAAAGAUGAUACCUUGUCUUGUUUUGAAUUUACAGGUUGGUGUGGUUGCUUGGCGCAUGGCGCUCAUUACUCCAGAAUAUCCCGAGGGAAGAGAGGUAGGAUAUGUUUCUAAGGUUUGAAUACUAAAUGGUAUUUGUUGUUUACUUGUAUUUUCUUUCCUAUUUGACGGUCUUUUAGAUUAUCGUUGCCGCUAAUGAUAUCACUCACGUAAUUGGCUCAUUUGCUGUCCAAGAGGAUACUGUGUUUGAAGUAAGCAGUCUGUAUGACUUACUCUCGCCCCCCUGUCACCUAAUCACCCAAUUCACUUACAAACUGUAUAUGGUUUAAUUGCUCGGUUGCCUUUUUACAGUGGUAACUAGGCAUGCGAGUUACCUGACUGGUUGCAACUGGUAAAGAUACGCAAGUUGUCCAUUGUCAUUACAAUAGACCUUUCCCCUUUUAAGUGAAAUUUUGAUCUAGACACGUCUGGACAAAACUUUCAUCACAGCUUGAAAGAGCAUCACAAAAUUAGUAAUAUUCCAAAGUUUCGUUGCGAAAUGUUGUAAAAUGCGGAUAAUAUAGCCUUGCGAAGUUUGCCGUUUUUCAGUCAUUUUGCAUUACGCACGGGAAAUUGAUAAUCAGAUGAUCAAACUGAUUAUCAAUUUUCCAUUUAUAAUACAAAAUGACUGAAAAACGGCAAACUUCGCAAGGCUAUAUGAUCCGCAUUUUACAACAUUUCGCAACGAAACUUCGGAAUAUUACUAAUUUUGUGAUGCUCUUUCAAGCUGUGAUGAAAUGUUUGUCCAGACUUGUCUAGAUCAAAAUUUCACUCAUAAGGGGAAAGGUCUAUUGAAUUGCCUGACCCAAAAUCACUUUAAAUCUUAUUUCUUUCAUAUAGCGUGCCUUACAGUUGGCUCUCAGUGCGGGCAUCCCAUUCAUCUAUGUCUCAGCCAAUAGCGGUGCUCGUCUUGGUCUCGCCGAAGAUUUAAAACUUCAGUUUAAGGUGGCAUGGGAAGAUGCUGAUGCACCUCAGAAGGUCAGAGCGAUCUCAGCGAAUACCGUUAAUCUUCUUAGACGCCCUCACACUUUUAGUGGACGAUAUUCAUCAACUCUCCCUCAUUUUUCUUUUAACUUUAAUGGAUCUAACGUUCAUCAAUAUAAUCUCGUAUUUACAGGGCUUCAAGUAUCUCUAUUUAACUACGAAUGACUUUAAGAAGGUAAAACACAAUCUGACAGCUUUAAUCACCAGAAAAAAAUUGUGAAAUUCUUAAGUAUCGAAUUUGUGAUUGCAUCACGAAAUCCAUGGUAUAUCCAUACUAUGUCCAUACUAUAUCCAUGCAUAGUAUGUAAAUCGCAACUAGUAUGAAAAUUGAAUUUCCACACUAUUUUUAACUAAGAUUUACACCAUUUCCAUAAUAAAGAUUUUGAAUGAAAACUUUCUAGUGUACGAGGUUGAAACCUCGAUGUAUCCAUUCUGAAAAUUUUCCAACAAAUCUCUCUUUAUUUUUAAGCUGAGUGCUUCAAACUCUGUGCGUGCCGAAGCAAUUGAAGAGGACGAAGAAUCGAGAUAUAAAAUCACAGAUGUGAUUGGU